ACUCCCCCACCUUCUCCCCCUUCCCUCCCGCCUCCCUUGCAUGCCUGUGCAGUGCGACAGACUCAACCCCACCCCUUCUUUUCACCUAUUACACCUGCCAGUCAGGUGACUUCAUUGCUAGGAUUCCCUCCUCAUCCUUCCCCUGAGCUCACAGAGGAUUCAGACCUGUCAAUCAACAGCCCUCCUCAUCUUCCUCCUCUUCCCGCUCAUCCACCACCUCCUCCCUCUUACACCCCCACUCCCCGGCCCCUGAUAACAACCCAAGCCCUUCAGAGAGUCACUCUGUGCUCUACCAAGAGGCUAAACAACCCUCCAUCAUCUAAUGUUGAGCAAAGCCAAGAAAGCAAUAACGCUACCCCAACUAGCAUUAUGCUAACCAACCACACAUCAACUAAUAUUGAGCAGAGCCAAGACAUCAAUGAUGCUACUCUAACUAGCAUUAUGCUAACCAACCAUACAUCAGCUAAUGUUGAGUAUAGCCAAGACAUCAAUGAUGCUACUCUAACUAGCAUUAUGCUAACCGACCAUACAUCAGCUAAUGUUGAGUAUAGCCAAGACAUCAGUGAUGCUACUCUAACUAGCAUUAUGCUAACCCACCAUACAUCAGAUAAUGUUGAGCAUAGCCAAGACAGCAAUGAUGCUACUCUAACUAGCAGUAUGCUAACCAAUGCUAAGUCAACCAAUGAUGCCCAGCAUAUUGCAAAGAGUACAGAAGCUAAGCUAAAUGGCAUAAUGCUAACCAGCGCCCAGGAGCGAGGGGCGGGCAUGGAUACCAAACUAACCAGCACUGUGUUAGAGAGUGUGGGAAGGAUUGAUGCCAUGCUUACUGAGGCUGAAGAGAGAACCCCAAAGAAGCCUGUUGUUCUCUCUAGGCCACUGAGAACAGUAUUUCAAUGUUCUAGCCCUGCUGCUGAAAACACACUUCAGAACGGAGAACCUUCGCCUCGACAGGAGACCACACCCUGCCUCUCCAACGGCCAACCAGAGUACUCAGCGUGGGCAUACACACCCACACACUCCCCUGCUACCCCCUCCUCCUCCUCCCCCCACAGACAGAAGCUUCCCGUUGCCCUGAAGAAGCCCACGACCAUGCCCCCGCCCUUGCUGAGGACACACCAGACAGACACUCCACCACCACCAUCCCCACCCGUAUUGAUAGGUACACCUCCAGAGCCCUUCGUCCCAGAGACACCACCCUUACUGUGGAUAAACCUGUACAGGACAGAGAUACAGACCCAGCCAGAGAUACAGACCCAGCCAGAGAUACAGACCCAGCCAGAGAUACAGACCCAGACAGAGAUACAGACCCAGACAGAGAUACAGACCCAGACAGAGAUACAGACCCAGACAGAGAUACAGACCCAGCCAGAGAUACAGACCCAGACAGAGUCUCAACCAGAGCCAGAGACAGCAUACCCCUUCCUGAAGUUCUACCAGUCACAGUACUGUGUACCAGAGUUACCACCAAGCCCCUAUCCUUCAGAACCCUGUGUACCAGAGUUACCACCAAGCCCCUAUCCUUCAGAACCCUGUGUAGCAGAGUUACCACCAAGCCCCUAUCCUUCAGAACCCUGUGUACCAGAGUUACCACCAAGCCCCUAUCCUUCAGAACCCUGUGUACCAGAGUUACCACCAAGCCCCUAUCCUUCAGAACCCUGUGUAGCAGAGUUACCACCAAGCCCCUAUCCUUCAGAACCCUGUGUAGCAGAGUUACCACCAAGCCCCUAUCCUUCAGAACCCUGUGUAGCAGAGUUACCACCAAGCCCCUAUCCUUCAGAACCCUGUGUAGCAGAGUACCACCAAGCCCCUAUCCUUCAGAACCCUGUGUAGCAGAGUUACCACCAAGCCCCUAUCCUUCAGAACCCUGUGUAGCAGAGUUACCACCAAGCCCCUAUCCUUCAGAACCCUGUGUAGCAGAGUUACCACCAAGCCCCUAUCCUUCAGAACCCUGUGUAGCAGAGUUACCACCAAGCCCCUAUCCUUCAGAACCCUGUGUAGCAGAGUUACCACCAAGCCCCUAUCCUUCAGAACCCUGUGUAGCAGAGCCAAAGCAGGAGUCCUGUCCACUGGAGAUGAUGACAGAGACGGAGAGAGAGGACGAGACAGAGAGUGAGACAGACACAGAGGCAGAGGCAGAGACAGAGGCAGAGACACAGAGAGAGGCAGACACUGAGACAGAGGCAGAGGCAGAGACAGAGACAGACACAGAGAACGAGGCAGACACAGAGGCAGAGAGAGAGACAGAGAGAGAGGCAGACACUGAGAGAGAAGCAGUUCCCAGACAGCCACAGAGUGUACCGGUGCCAUACACAGAGCUGGGGAGAUCAGAACUAGAGGAAAUUUGGGUGCUGCAGGAGGAAGAAGAGAAGGAGGAGAGAAAAAAUUGGCAGAAGCUGGGGAGAAGAGAGGAGGAGGGUGACGAGGAAGACAGACGGAGGGGAGCGAUGGAGGAGGAGGACAGCAAUAAUUUUGAAAGCUUCUCUCUGGAAGAGAGGAGAGACUCUCUGAGCAGUCCUCUGUCUACUGACAGCCUGAAAGGGGAGCUACUCCUGCCAGAUCUGUUCAUCCAAGAGGACGAGGGGGAACUGGGGGAAGAGAGAAUGGAGUGGGAGGAGAGGGAGGAGUGGGAGAAGAGGGAGGAGAGGUGCAGCCUGGACACAGAUGGGGCCAGCAGCUCCACGGGGUCCCUGACCUCCAGAGAAGACAAUGGUGAGGUGUUUGAUAUUUCUUCAGCGGAGAAGAUGGUGACACCAGCACCACCACGGACUACUGAAGACCUGUUUGCUGCCAUACACAGGUCUAAGAGGAAAGUUCUUGGGCGCAGGAACUCUGAGGAAGACCGAUGCCGUGUCUUUCCCCUCUCCUCCUCCUCUUCUUUCUCCUCCACUCCUCCAGUGACCCCUCCAAGCCCUAGCCCCGCCCUUCUGCAACCUCUUGAGGUGUUAGGAUCCAGUAAGGUGAGAGGUCAUAGGUUAGGGGUCAGCAGCAGCAGUGACAGCUUCAAGGCUCUGCUCCUGAGGAAGGGAAGUCGCUGCGACCCUGUAGCUCGCAUGUCUGCAGCCGAGAGACUCCGCAGUACUGCCCCCAAACACAUGAUGGCGACACCACAUAGCCAGAGCUCACAGAGUCAGAGCUCACGGAGCCAGAGCUCACAGAGUCAGAGCUCACGGAGCUCACCAAGCCAGAGCUCACCAAGCCAGAGCUCACCAAGCCAGAGCUCACCAAGCCAGAGCUCACAGAGCCAGCACUCACAGAGCUCACAGAGUCAGAGCUCACGAAGCUCACAGAGUCAAAGCUCACAGAGCUCACAGAGUCAAAGCUCACAGAGCUCACAGAGUCAGAGCUCACGGAGCUCACCAAGCCAGAGCUCACAGAGCCAGAGCUCACAGAGCCAGAGCUCACAGAGCCAGCACUCACAGAGCUCACAGAGUCAAAGCUCACAGAGCUCACCAAGCCAGAGCUCACCAAGCCAGAGCUCACAGAGCCAGCACUCACAGAGCUCACAGAGUCAGAGCUCACGGAGCUCACCAAGCCAGAGCUCACAGAGCCAUCCCCUGUCAGACAUACACCUGCAGCUUGGAGUGGAGUCACACCAAGCUCACACACACACUCACACCCCUCAGUCCUUUGCACCAACACACACUGUCCAGCUAAUGACGCUACACCUACCCCAGUCCCAGUCCACACACAGACACAGGAGGAGGGCAGAGUGGGCACUCACUGAGGGCACACUCCCUCUCUCCUCCCUGUCCUCCCCCACAUACCCCUCCCCCUCCCCCUCUCUUUGGGGGUGGCGACCCCCCCCGCUCCCGCACUCCCCCUUGCUCAGCCAGCCGGCGUUUUGCUGCCCGCAGCCGACUACCCAGCAGCCCCAUGACUGCCAUCUCGGAGCGGGAAGGGGAGGGCGAAUCAAUGGAGGGCGAUGGGUUGGCCGUGACCAUCGGACUGGGCUGCGAUUCCUGCAAGACUUUUGGAUUGGUCAAGCUCACUGACGGACGUGCCGAGGCCACCAAUGGCAGCCUUGAUUGGCAGCAGAGCAGGUCUAUGGAGACACACACCGUCUUGUGGGUCGGCUAGAGCACCAGACAGAGGCUUCAGUCCAGGAUCUAGGAGAGUUUAUGUAUCCUGCACCCGGGGGAAAUUGUUGGAAGUCGAACACUGUCGGAAAAAAAAACCUACCAGCCACCAGACUGGCUAUUGUACAGGACAGUGGAGGCUGGUGAGCACAGCAAUAGGAGGAUGGGCUCGUUGUAACGGCUGGAAUGGAAUAAGUGGAGCGGAGUCAAACAUGUGUUUUCCAUGUGGUUCAUGUGUUUGAUACCAUUCGAAUUUAUUUCAUUCCAGCCAUUACAAUGAGUCUGUCCUCCUCUCGCUCCUUCCACCAGCCUCCACUGGUACAAGAUGAUUGUCUCUGUUAAUAGAUUAUUGGGUAACAUGAAUGUUGUUUUUUUUCUCUGACCUGUUGUUUCAGUCUUGUAUCUAGUUUUAGUAUGCAGCAGUAGCCAUUUUGAGAUUAAGAAAGCAACAUUGUAUUAUAUUAUUAAAAUAUAUAUAUUUAAAAAAAUGUAUUUUGAGGUUUCAGUUACCAAAGACAAACUGUCCCUCCCAGUGAAGCAACUGCUGCAGUGGGCAUGUCUGAGAAUGUCUCUUUUGAUUGUGAUUGGCUUAUUGUUUGGAAUCAUGAUUGUGAUUGGCUUAUUGUUUGGAAUCAUGAUUGUGAUUGGCUUAUUGUUUGGAAUCAUGAUUGUGAUUGGCUUAUUGUUUGGAAUCAUGAUUGUGAUUGGCUUAUUGUUUGGAAUCAUGAUUGUGAUUGGCUUAUUGUUUGGAAUCAUGAUUGUGAUUGGAGGAAUGCAUUCUGCUAAAGUUACCCUAUAUUUAUAUUAUUUUAUACUUAUUAAAUCCUCUUUAAAACAAAUCAACAUAUUUAGCAGAUGUUAUUGCGGGUGAAAUGUGAAAUGCUUGUUUUUCCUACUGUAGCUCUGACAGUGCAGUAAUAUCUAACAAUUUACAACAAAACACACAAAUCUAAAAGUAAAAUAAUGAUAAUGAUAAUAAUUAAAUCAUCUUAUUUCGUUUUUUGACAUUAGACAUAAUUUGAUUGAGUCUUUUUUGUAAAUGUAGUACGUGCUUCACUUCCCUCAUCUCAUUAUGACUAGCCACUUUAACUAUGCCACUUUGUUUACAUACUCAUCUCAUAUGUAUAUACUGCACUCAAUACCAUCUACUGUAUCUUGCCUAUGCUGCUCUGUACCAUCACUCAUUCAUAUAUCCUUAUGUACAUAUUCUUUAUCCCCUUACACUGUGUAUAAGACAGUAGUUUUUUGGAAUUGUUAGUUAGAUUACUUGUUGGUUAUUACUGCAUUGUCGGAACUAGAAGCACAAGCAUUUCGCUACACUCGCAUUAACAUCUGCUAACCAUGUGUAUGCGACAAAUACAAUUUGAUUUGAUUUGAUUUGAUUGAUUGAUUGAUUGAUUGAUUGAUUUAAUUAUUUAAUUAUUUAUUUAUUUAUUUAUUUAUUUCUGUCUCAUUUAUUUUUUCUUUCCCUUUAAUACCUGGACUUAAGAAAAAAUAUAAAUAUUUAAUUUAAUUAAAUCAUCUUAUUUCGUUUUUUGACAUUAGACAUAAUUUCAUUGAGUCUUUUUUGUAAAUGUAGUACGUGCUUCACUUCCCUCAUCUCAUUAUGAAGUAUCUUCUGUCUCGUUUAUUUUUUCUUAAAAUACCUGGACUUUGUACAUUUUUAUAACAGUUGAUUUUGUGUUCUAUGAGUUUUCAAGUGUAUUUUAUUUGAGAACUGUGAAGACAAUGGUGUUCCAUUUUAUUUAGGUUAUCUGAAUUAUUAUUCCUGGUGCUAGAUAUGGGUUUAGGGCUUAGAGGUUAGAGGUUAAAGUGUGUACAGAUUGUGUUUAGGAUGACAGAUGUGACAUAUCUAUAAGGAUGAAGUCAGAUGAACGAUAGACAGAGAUUAGAGGUGGAGUGGUUAUGGGGAAAGGAGAGAUAGAAGAACAGGGUCAUGUAAAAGAUGGAGAGAGAGAAGGGGCAGAGUGUGAGGUGAAAAAGAGUAAGAGAGAGAGAGAGAGAGAGAGAGAGAGAAGGGGCAGAGUGUGAGGUGAAAAAGAGUAAGGGAGAGAGAGAGAGAGAGAGAUAGAGAGAUAGAGAGAGAGAGAGAGAAGGGGCAGAGUGUGAGGUGAAAAAGAAUAAGGGAGAGAGAGAGAGAGAGAUAUAUAGAGAGAGAGAGAAGGGCAGAGUGUGAGGUGAAAAAGAGUAAGAGAGAGAGAGAGAGAGAAGGGGCAGAGUGUGAGGUGAAAAAGAGUAAGGGAGAGAGAGAGAGAGAGAGAGAGAGAGAGAGAGAGAGAAAGGGGCAGAGUGUGAGGUGAAAAAGAGUAAGAGAGAGAUAGAGAGAGAGAGAGAGAGAUAGAGAGAGAGAGAGAAGGGCAGAGUGUGAGGUGAAAAAGAAUAAGGGAGAGAGAGAGAGAGACUGAUGUACAGACUGAUGUACAGACUGAUGUACAGACUGAGGAGAAGGCGUAAUGAUGAGUUGAAUAAAGUAUAUUACGACAGA